CGCCAGACCGGUUUGAUCCCGGUCCAGAGCGGACUUCUGCACGUAAAUUACGAGUCUUAUGCUGAUCGUCAGAGUUGUAAAAGUAACAGGUGAAGCAGCCUACACUUUUCCGGACUGUUGAUUCAGGGUAGCAGCGAGGAAUUCUUCGUCUUUUAGUUCGCGUCCCUUUAGCCGCCCUGCGCGGUUGGUCACCCCGGUCUCCUCAUCACCCUCCACACUUCUGCCUCCCCGUCUCCUGUCAUCUCGCUCCCUUGCGACUCGCCGUGAAAACACGAGGGACGCGCUCGCAAGGCGCGCGCUCACGAGUUAUCACGGGUCAAUGACGCACAGGCGCACAGCUGACCGGGGGGCGCCGGGAAUACGGUGUAGCACCCCGCCACAGUCCGCAGCGGGACAUGUGGCGGACGCGGAGACUUUCGCGGGGACGGAGUGGAACUGUGCUCUUCCUCAAGAAAGUCAUGAGAAAACGGACGCAAAAUUGGAAAUCUUUUCCGUGUAGUGGCAAGACUGGAUGGAGAUAAAGGUGUCUUGUGUUACAGGUGAUGGAACCAAAGCAGUGAUUUUCAACCCCCCACCCCCAGGAUUUUCCCGGAGAGUCCCUCUCUCCUUCUCCCUUUCCCAAACCCCUUUCCCCUCAAGCCCAGACACCCACCAUGGUGUACGGGCAGGUCCUUCACCACAGUGGACCGGACGACAGCUUCCUCAACCUGAACGUGGGCGGCUACAAGCAGCGGGUGGCACGCACCAUGCUCCAGAGCUUCCCGCACACUCGCCUGGGCCGGCUUGUGCUGUGUCACUCGGAGGCGGCCAUCCUGGAGCUGUGCGACGACUACAGCGCCCGCGAGCGCGAGUACUACUUUGACCGCAACCCCCGCUUCUUCUGCUACGUCCUCAACUUCUACCACACAGGCCACAUCCACCUGAUGGAGGAGCUGUGCGUGUUCAGCUUCAGCCAGGAGUUGGAGUACUGGGGCAUCAGCGAGCUGCACCUGGACUCCUGCUGCAGCAGCCGCUUCCACGAGCAGAAGGAUGGCAGCGGGCAUGACUGGCUGGAGGACGAGGUUCUGCGCCAGCAGCUCCGGGACAGCUCCGAGUCCUCUACGGAGGAGUCAUCCUCCGACAGCGAAACGGAGAAAUUUGAGGGCACCUGGUGCUCGGAGGGCCGCCGGGAGCUGUGGCUUCACCUGGAGAACCCCACGCACUCGCGCGCUGCCAAGGUGCUGGCCUUGGUGUCGCUGGCCAUGGUACUGACCAGCAUCAUCGCCAUGUGCGUGCACAGUAUGCCCGAGUUCCACCGCCUAGACAACAAGGAGAAGCCCGUGGAGGACCCCGUGCUGGCCGCUUUCGAGACGGUCAGCGUGCUGUGGUUCACGGUGGAGUUCGUCGCCCGCCUGGCCACCACGCCGUGCUUCCGCAAGUUCGCCCGCAACACCCUGAACGUCAUUGACCUGGUCUCCAUCGUGCCGUUCUACGCCACACUGGUGCUGGAGGCAGCGCACGCCGAGGAGAGCCAGGAGCUGGAGAACGUGGGCAGGGUGGUGCAGGUCCUGCGGCUUAUGCGCGUCUUCCGCGUGCUGAAGCUGGCACGCCACUCGGUGGGCCUGCGAUCGCUGGGUGCCACGCUCCGCCACAGCUACCACGAGGUGAGCCUCCUGGUGCUCUUCCUCGCCGUGGGCAUAUCCAUCUUCUCCGUGCUCAUCUACUUCGUGGAGAAGGAGGAGGACGAGUCUGAGCUCCAGACCAUCCCCGUGGGCUGGUGGUGGGCCACUAUCAGCAUGACGACGGUGGGCUACGGGGAUACGUGCCCCAUCACGCUGGCCGGCAAGCUCGUCGGCACCAUCUGCAUCAUCUGUGGCCUGCUGGUGGUGGCCCUGCCUGUCAGCACCAUCUUCAACAAGUUCUCCAAGUACUACGAGAGACAGAAGGCCCUCGUGCUGGCGGACCAGUUCGCCGCAAAGAACAAGGGCCCCGUACCUGGCCUGCUCUUCUUCGACGUGAAGGACCUCUACUCCCAUGGCUCCCUCCUGGCCAGCAGGUCCUCCAGCAGCAGUGUGACGAGUGGUGGGGACACCACGGAUGUUUCCAGCACCCAGGACAUCGACGCUGUCCACCCGGCAGGCCUUUCUGCGACCUGCAAGGCGACGUGAACCCGCCCCUCCCGCCCCCUGUCCUCUGCACUGGUCCAAUCGUAGACAAGCACCACCACGGAGAGCAAAGCUCAUAACUCCUCAGGAGGACUGUAGAACACGCACCCGUAGCUUCCGUAGAGCGAGCGAAACUUCAGGUUUAUUGCCAGGACCUGCUAGGCUAGGCAAACGCUCAUCUGUGCGAAAGCCCUAAAUGUGAACAAAGGACAUUUAUGCAGUGCUCAAACUAAUUAUAAGACGCGGGGAAAAAAAAUUGAUAGACACAAUGGCACUUUUUUCGCUUUGGUUCUCAGGGUGAAUGGCAACCGACCUAUAUCAGUCUUCCUGUCUGACUUCCUGUUGCGGUGCAGGACCGGCGAGGAAGACUCUCUUGAGAGAGUCUUGUUUUGAUGCACUGCUCUGCACUCGGCAUCAGACUGUCAAACACCUCCCACCUGUUGCUCUCUGAAUGAUGGCACAUCUGCAGCCUAAACAGGCUAGCUGCUCCUCUAAUUAAAGCCAGAGCGUCGUCUCCCUCUUGUGGGCUACGAAUGACUCCUGAAUAUUUCAUGGCUAUCGACAGCCAUGUUGCACUUGAAGAUGGCUUGUUUGUGCACCCCUCUGCUCCCUUAAUCUGUCCAUCGAAAACCUGGAAGGAAAGAGUGUAUGAAUAUUUCAGCGGCUCGGAGGCAGGGGGAGGAGGAGAUACUGAUGUAAUAAAGUGUUGAUGGAAGGUG